GUCGUCCGAGCUCGUCCGCGCGCGUCGUCUCCGUCGAUCGCGCGCGCGACGCUCGCGGAUCGCGAAUCACGUCUUGCAAUUCUUUCUCCCGCGCCCUCCUCUCUCUUCGAAUCGGCGUUCGGUGAUCGAUCGACGCCGCGAUGCCCUCGAGCGCGAGCGGCAGCGAUGUCGGGUCCAUCGGCCUCCCCGCGAUCGAGGGCGACCUCCCCGAGCCCCCCUCCGCGACCGCGGACGACGUCGACCUCCCCCCCGUCCCGGACAGCGCGUCCGAGAAGUCCGACGACGACGACGGCGCGGCGGGAAGCGUCGGAUCCGAGAAGGCCGACGACGACGCGGACGCGGACGAGCACGUCGUGGACAUGGAGGAGAUGAAGGAGGCCGUCGCCGCCGCGCAGAGAAUCGCGGACUUACGAGCGAAACUGCGCGAGACGAGCGCGGAGGAGCGCGCCGCGCAGAUUGCCGCGCUCGCGCUCGCGAACCAGCGCGCGGAGACGGAAUACGACAAGGCGAUGAGCGAAGAUCUCCCGGAGCUGCACAAGCUCGAUUACGCGGAAGCGGAGGCGCACUGGAAAGCGGAAGCGGUGACGGGGAUCAACGGCGAAUACCUCCCGUUCUGGAAGACGGAGCUCCACGAGCUCGAACACCUCGGCCCGGGCGUCGGGCUGUGGUUUCGAUCCCUCAAAGGCUUCGGGAAGUUUUUCGCGUACUGCACGAUUCCGAUCAUGAUCAUCCUGUGCCAGUACUUAUAUCUGUACUACAACUCCGACAGCGACAUGGACAGGAGCUCCACGGAGAACUUGGCGGAGCUCACCACCGGCGUCGCCGCGGCGACGUCUCAGGACGAGACGAUGUUUGGCAUCAACAUGAAGACCAUCAUGUUUGUCAUCUCGUGUCUGGACUGUCUCGCGAUCCUCGCGUUUGUCAUCUACGCGUGGAGGAUGAAAGCGAAGCAGGACCGGUACGUCCGCGAGAACGACGAGGCGAUCUCGUCGCUGCCGGACUACAGCGUCCAGGCGUGGAACAUUCCGAAGGACACGGAGGAGGCGGACAUAAAGAAACACUUUCAGCAAUAUGGCGUCGUCGCCGACUGCGUCGUCGUGAAGGACAUCGGAAAGGUGAUGGGGCUUCGCCAACGAAGAGCGAAGCUCAUCGAUAAGCUCGUGUCGUUGAAGAUCGACGCCGCGUAUUACACCGCGAAGGGCAAGAGCCGACUGCUGAGGAUUCAGACGAAGAGGAUCACGCGGCAGAAGGAGAUGAUCGAGAAGGUCAACGAGAAGAUCGAGAAGAAGCUCUCGAAGGGGUUCCACAGCGUGUGCGCGUUCAUCACGUACGAGAAGCCCGACGGCCGCGCGGAGGUGUUCACGCGAUUCCGCAAGGGCACGCGCUACUGGGGCAUGAACUGCUGCUACGACCAGUCCCUGAAGUUCCAGGGGUGGAAGCUGGACGUGAAGCGCGCCCCGGAGGCGUCGGAUUUGAAGUGGGAAAACGUCGUCCGCGUCAACAAAAAACGCGACUUCACGAGAAAGUUCAUCGCGAUGUUUUUCAUCUUCAUCCUCCUCCUCGGCUCGAUCGCGGUGACGAUAAUCGGACAAUCCGUCGCGAGCGACGCGGAGCCGUCCGUGCCGUGCGGCACCGUGGAACCGAGCACCGAGACCCCCGCGCCGUUGUUGUCGUGCACCGCCAUCUGGAACCUCAAGGGAGAAAACGCGUUCACCAACGCGACGUCCCAGGCUAUGCUCGCGGUGACGAAGUUCGUGGACAACCUCGACGAUGCUUCCGUGUGCUCUGAUUACAUCAGCGGCGUGGACUGGGCGCAGCCGAUGAACAACUACGCGCCGUACACGUCGUUCCAAAACGCCGCGUUGCCGGCGGCGAACGCGUGGACGGGUGGGCCCAUUCCCGGGUCGAACGCGGACGAGUGCGCGGCGAAGAUUUGCCAGAAGUGCUACUGCCUCGACCAGGUGGACAUGACGAACAUCAAAGAGGUGUUCGAGCAGUUCUUCAGCGGCACGGACAACGACUUCUGCCAGGAUGUCUUCGACAAAGUGAAAAACGAAGCCGCGGUCGCCCUAGGCGUCAUCUUCAUGGUUUCGUUCACAAACUACAUCUUGAUGGAGAGCGCCGGGUGGGCGUCUAAAUUCGAGCGGCACAGCACGGUGUCCCGGACCGAGGCUUCGGAGGCGCUGUACACGUUCUGGGCGCUGUUCAUCAACACCGCGUUCGUCCCUAUUCUCAUCUACGCCAAGAUCACGGCCCUGAAAGGUUUACCGUUUGUGUUCCAAGGCUCAUACGACGACAUGAACGCGGAUUGGUACAACACCGUGAUGGUCUCUAUUCUGUCCACGGCGAUCAUCAACGCGAUCAUGUUCCCGCUCGCGAGGGUGUUCAACAAGCUCGGCAAGGGCCUGUGGAGAAAGAUGACCCGGUGCUGCGCGCACUCGCAGAAGACGCUCAACGAGAUGUACGUCCCCGACGUCUUCAAGCUCGCGGAGCGUUACGGCCAGGCGAUGUGCGUGCUAUACUACUGCGUCAUCUUCUUGAGCGCGUGCCCGCUGCUGUUCCCCAUCGGCGCGAUCACGUUCCUGUGGAUGUACGCGGUGGACAAGUUCCUCUUGUUGAAGUACUACGCGAUGCCGCCGGCGUACGACCACGCUUUGAACGACAUGAUGCUUCGAUACGCGCCCUACGCGGCGUGGUUCCACUUGGCCAUCGCCAUCUGGGUGUUCGGGUACUACCAGAUCCCUUCGUACGAGAUCGGCGGGUACGGGAGCUCGUACGGCGCGGACUCCACGGCCACGGACGGAGACUACGACUCCGCGCCGGAUCAGCUCGAUUUCGUCGCGCGCAUCGUCCGCGCGAACGCGUUCGUGCCGUUCGUGCUGUUCGUGCUCCUCACCGCGACGCUGUUCCUCUCGAAAAUUUUAAGAAUUUUCGUCGUCACGCCGAUCAAGAAGCUGUGCUGCGGCCACGAGGAGGAGCAGGUCGAGGACGUCCCGGACUUCAGCGAGCUGAUCAUGCCCGGGGACCCGCGGUUCGACAAGCCGUUAGAAGAAGGCGCGAAGAUGACGUCGAAACUGAGCGGGCUGAAGUCGUACCGUCUGGAGGACAACCCGGAUUACCAGGCGUUGUUCCCGGAGAGCGUGCUCACGGGGGAGACGAUUCAGCUCGAGUUCGAGGAGCCCCCGGAGGAGACGCCACCGGAGGAUCAGGUGAUGACGAUCUCGCCGCACCCGUUGGGACGGUCGGCGACGAUGAAGGAGCCGAAACGGAAGAGGAAGAAGGGGGACCCGCACGCGAAGAAGGAUCACUUCUUGGAUCGUUCCGCGUCGACGAGGGUGUGAUCGAAACGGCGACGCGACGCCAUGACUACGGUAACAAGAAGUCAACCGUUUACUACAGUAGACCAGCCAGACAAAAGUUAACGAGAAGUUAACCGUUUUCUGUUUAAUCGUAACGUUAUACGUUGUUUACUC